CGUGAGCACACUGACAUUCAGAGCGACCAGACCAAACUGAACCGAACACUGACAUUCUCGGGUCAGCGCCCUCUCUUCCUCGUUCUCCGGCCUCUGUAAUCUCGCAAACCUUGCAAGGAGAUGCUGCCUGUUUGCCGGCCGUCGGCGGUGUACCCCGUGGCCGUGGUCGCGCCGCCGCCGCAGGUAGGGCUAGCGGAUGCUCCCCCGCCCGAAGUGUGGACGAGGAUCCCGCAGGGGACGCCGGGGACGCUUGGCGGGGUCGGCCUCCGCCUCCUGCAGGCCCUCUUCGCGGCCGCCUCGAUCGCCGUCAUGGCGUCCACCGACAUCUUCCCCUUCUGCUCCGCCUUCAGCUACCUCAUAGCAGCUACCAGUCUGCAAUGUUUGUGGAGCAUCGCCCUAGCCUUUGUGUAUAUCUAUGCACUUCUCGUCAAACGUUCCUUGAUAAAUCUCCGAGCUGUACGCAUAUUUUUCAUUGGAGACUGGAUCACAGGGACCGUAACCUUGAGUGCAGCAUGUGCAUCGGCAGGCAUCACUAUUCUCAUUGAUAAUGAUGUGAAGUACUGCGAAGCCCUUCCUUGUUUAAGGUUGAGGACUGCUGUUACAAUGGCUUUCAUCAGCUGGUGUGCACUUGUACCGUCCUUUCUCUUUAACUUCGCGUACACCACCACCGCAUUGGCAAGAUUGGGAAUGUGGGCAUAGUUUCAUGUGCAAAAUGGUAGUUGAAACUCCGCAUUUCAUCCUUCUGAGGAUGCAAUGCAGUAUGCUUCUUAUAUGAGGAUUGUGGUGACCUGGUGAUGAACUGUUUGGUUUACUCGUACAAAGCUCAUGGUGCUGACAUAUGAUAUACACUUGUUCUAUACUUCUAUUGUGCGGCUUUCAUAUAUGAUAUAAUUUUAUCAAUA